UGGGCGGGAUGGCGGGCAAGCGGGUGCUGAGCAAGUUGCACUCCCCGGGCCGGAGUCGGGGGAACGGGGGAGGGUCGGGCCCGGGCCCGGGGGCCGGCCUGCAGAAGCGCCAGGCCCGGGUCACCGUCAAAUACGACCGGCGGGAGCUGCAGCGGCGCCUCGACGUGGAAAAGUGGAUCGACGGGAGACUGGAGGAGCUCUACCGGGGCUGGGAAGGGGACAUGCCCGAAGAAGUGAACAUCGAUGAACUGCUGGAAAUGGAGAACGAGGAGGAGCGAGGUCGGAAAAUACAGGGAAUUCUUCAGGCCUGCAAGAACCCCACUGAGGACUUCACCCGGGAGCUGUUACUGAAGUUGCGGGGCCUCCACAAGCAGCCGGCUCUGCGCCGGAUCAGCCCGGCCCAGGAUUCGGGCGGGGGACGCCUCAGCCCCGUGUAGCACCGGGCCGGGCCGAGCCGAGCCGGACCGGGCCGGGCUGCCACCCCUGGACCCCCGGCCCGGCCCGGACCCCACUUCCGAGUGGUGCAGACCACCCGGCUCUCUUCCCAAGGGCCUGGGGAGACAACUGCCCUUCUCCUCCCCUCCCUACUAUCCUCCCUCCGCCCCUUCUCUGCCCCUGCUAAGUUAAUAUUCGUUUGCCACCUUGGGUAUCCAGAUCCCCCUCCCGGGCCCUCUCGGGAAUGUGUAUACGUUUCAUGUUUUUGUUUAUUUUAAAAAGCAAUUUUCUGUUC